AUGUUCAGCAAAAUCGUAGCCCUGAGCGCGCUGUUGGCCGCCGCCAAUGCUGGUUACUUGGGCCAUGGCCACGCUGUGUCCUCCCAGAGCAUCAUCCGUCACGAUGAACCUCUGCACUACGCUGCCCCCGUAGCGCACUACGCUGCACCUGUAGCCCACUACGCUCCCGUAGCGCACUACGCUGCCCCUGCUGAGCACUACGCCGCUCCCGUAGCCCACUACGACGACGGUCACGCCGUGUCUUCCCAGAGUAUCGUGCGUCACGAUGAAGCCCAUGCGGUGCCCCUCUACUACGCCGCUCCUGCAGCGUACUACGCCGCUCCCGUAGCGCACUACGACGGCCACGACACUUACGCGCACCCCAAAUAUGACUUUGCGUACUCUGUGUCUGACCCUCACACCGGUGACCACAAGUCCCAGCACGAGAGCCGCGACGGAGACGCCGUGCACGGAUACUACUCUCUGGUGCAGCCUGAUGGCUCCGUGCGCAAGGUCGAGUACACCGCUGACGACCACCAUGGUUUCAACGCUGUGGUGCACAACUCUGCCCCCUCGGUUCACCCAGCCCCCAUCUACGGUCACGCAUAUUACGCUUAUUGA